GAUAAAAAGAAAAACUUUAAUGAUAAAAUUGCCCAAAGAACUCGUCUUGGAGUAACACCUUGAUGUGGCUUGCUUUAAAAGCUCCCUUACGAAUUAGCCUAUUAGCAUCAUUGACGGUGUCUUGUAUUGUGCGAACACAACCCCGACAUAUGGCGACAGUCCGUUUAUCAUCCCGUCGCCUCGGUGGCAUGCACCUGAUACCACCUCAGCGCGCUGCUGGCUGCACGCGCUCCUUUUUGCCGAUCGGAAUGUCUUUACAUCAUGAUUGCUUCCCGAAGUUCCUCGUCACGCCUGUACGAGGAUUUGUGGAACACUCAACAGAUCCAAACAAGUGGCGUAACCCGGAAACUGCCGAGAUUAAGCGGCAAUAUCGCGGUGGCAUUCCUCUUGGAAGUGAAGCAAUCCGGCAGCGAGAAAUGGAGAAACGCUUAGUGGAGGAGGAUUUUGUUAACUGGAACCUUGUGGUCUAUGUAGCCAUCGCUAUGGUGCUGCUCUUGGUGGGACUCAAUUUGGUCAUGGAGUUUGUGGAGCCUGUGCCAUCCCCUGAAUACGUGCCGUAUGAAUAUCCUCAAAAGGAAGAAGCCAGCGUCCACGAAACGAGUGUGUGUACCACUAUGAGGGAGAGAUAAAAAGGGAAGAGUGGAGCCAAAAUCACGAAUUCAUUGCACUUUCUGAAUGGAUGAAGAGGGACGACGUUUUCGCCUCUAGCCUUUUCGAUAGGAAUUAGCGUUGGCAUGCUGUUGGGUACUGUGACGUGAGGGGGUGUGCCGUUAGGUUUUCUGCCUGCCGCCUAAACCAUCGUUCAGUGCCUCUCAAACAACUGAGUUUGCCUAUGUGUGUGUUAUCGUGGCAAUAUUUGUAGUGAACAAA